AUGGAAGAAGAAGCAUCCGUCGGAUCGUGUACCGCGUGCUUCAAGUGGGGCGCCACUCAGAGAUGCUCUCGGUGUAAGAGGAAUGCGUACUGUAAUGCAGAGUGUCAAAACAGAGACUGGAAAUCACACAAGAAGACAUGCUCGAAUCCCGACCCAGGGAAACGCGCUCUCGAGACCAUCAUACGUUCAGCAGUAGACGACGCCCCGAAGCUACUCGGACUCUCUCAACUUCUCGACCCCAUCUGGAUGCUCCAACCAGGCAACCAAUACCUCCAGUCAAUAAUACGCGUCGCGUGUCUCCUCAACGGCAUCACAGAGGCAAAGAACAGUGCAGACAUCGCUGGAGUGGAUUUGCGGUUCAGCUACAUCACAGCAGAUCCCCUCAUCUACGGACAGCCGUAUACGAUCCUGCAACUUCAGACGGCAUGCCCGUUCACGGAGGAGGACAUGCCGCUUCUUGGUGCCCCGGAUACGAAGGGCACCCGCGCUUAUGCGGACGAGAUCCUACAUCGCCUGCUGGGCGUGCGCAAUGACCCAACGUGCUGCCAUAUCCCGCUCGUGUUUGGGAGCGGCCAUCCUACUGAAAGGAUGGCGAAGGCAUCGAACAUCCAGUUCUUCAUUGCUCCUGUGCAUCCUGGCGUGGCGAGGAAAGCCGUACAGGAGAUGAGGGACAGCGGGAAGAGCAAAGAUGAUUAG